AUGAUAGGAAGAUUAAAAUUGAUGAAUGCUGAUAAAGCAAAGGGAGACAGUAGCAGUGGUCUAAAAGGUAAUCCAACAGAAGUACCAGACACAAGUAACUACUCUGAAUCAAAGGAUAAAAGAGAUGCAAUGGAAAACAAUCGUACAGAAGAAACAGAUCCUAGUUGCAGCUCUCAGCAAGAUUCAACAGAGAAUGGUAAUGGUCCUAGUCAAAUUGAAAAAUCAGAACCAAGAAUUCCGAUCUCACCUAGUCCAACACCUACAUCAGAUGUUGGUAGCAAGUAUCUUCAAGGGGAACAAGGGAGUGGAAUGCUAACACAUCCUACAGAUUCUCAGAUGAAAGAAAAAGUUGAGAAAAGUCAGCAAUUGAUUCCAGAUUCCAAGUCUCCUCCAAAGUCAGCAUUUAUGAAAAGUUAUACGGAGAGCACAACAAAAGUUGAAAAGCUGACAACAAAAGUCAGUGAUGAUGGAAGUGACAUGAAACAAGAGAAAGGAGACACUGAGAUAGAAAAUGAAGGUGAAAUGAAAAUUCCUCAAACUCCAGAGAAUGAAGGUGAAAUGAAAAUUCCUCAAACUCCAGAGACUGAAGUUGAAAAGAAAACUCAUCAAACUCCAGAGAAUGAAGGUGAAAAGAAAACUCCUCAAACUCCAGAGAAUGAAGGUGAAAAGAAAACUCCUCAAACUCCAGAGAAUGAAGGUGAAAAGAAAACUCAUCAAACUUCAGAGACCUGCUACUCUAAUGAUGAUGUUGAUGAUGAUGUUGAAGACAAACAGGACUUUGAAAAUGAUUUUAAUGUGGCAGAUGAUUAUCCUUCAACAGAAAAUUUAAAAGUACAAUCUCUUCAAAGAGAAGAUGAAGUUCUUGAUGACUCAGGUUCACAUGUAUCAGAAUCAAACAGUGUAGAAAUUAUUUCAGAAGAAGAUCAUGAGGAACAAAUGAGAGAUGAGGAGAAUAUUUCAAUUCCAUCUUUUAAUAUGACAAGCAUGACACACAUUCCAGGUGAUAACAGCACAGAGCUUAAACCGCACACAGAGCUGUGCUCUACACCAGGAACAGGUGAUGAAAUUGUUCAUGACGUUAACAAUUCUUCAAAAAUGCCUGAGACUCACAAUGCUGAAUGCGAAGAAGAAAUCAAGCAUUUUGUUGAUGGUAAUGGUAGUGUGAAAUGUGAAGAGCAUGAUGCCCUACAGCAAGUUACAGAGACACCUAGUUUUAGCAUAGAGACGGUUGGCAAGGGUUAUUUACUUCAUAGACAAAACUAUCAACCAGUACUAUUACCAACACUUAAAGAAGGUUCAAAUGUAAGUGUUUUCAAAAAUAUGAUUUUGAUUGACUAUGUUCCAAGAUAUACAAUAACAAUGAAGAAAGGAGAAAUAACAUUAUCUAAACUAGUUGUUGCUAAAUUAGAAGAUAAUAGAAGUGAAAGCAGUAACACAAAAAGAUCAGAACACAAUCUGUCUGCAGAAACUCAGGAACAAAAAGGAGAUGAAGAAGGAUUGGAAAUAAAAAAAGUAAGGGGAACAACUCCAGAUAUGCAGAAUGUCUUGAAUCCACCUCAAGAGAAUGAAACAAAUCCAUUGAACCAUCAAGAUACAGUGACUGAUGUCAAUACUGGUGGCUCAUCUGGUGCUGAUGUAAAGAAAGAAGAAGCCAAACCUGAUGUUGAUGAGCUAAUUUGCAAGCUUCAAAGAAUGGAAUUAGAAGAUGCUCCGAGACAACAACAGCAGUCAUUAGAAGAAGCAGUAUGUAAGGAUGAUAAACCACCUAUACCAGCCCCUAGAUUAAAAAAUAAAGAAAAUAAAUUGGGAAAUGAGAACGACUCACAAUCUUCACCAACUCCUCCAACAAGGGCAAGGAGAAAUUCUCUAAAUCAGCCUCAAGAAAAGAAAAUACAAGAAUCAAAGAGUCCAACAACACAACCGAUGUAUAAGAAGGUAACCUUUAGAGUAACUUAUACUUUGGCUGGCAGCCCUGAAAAGAAAGCAACAGAAAUAGAAAAGGAGAUGGGGCAGUUAGAUUACAUGAAAUGGAAAUUUGCAACCAUUGAUUUAAAAUCAUUGUGUGCCAACCUGCAAUCUUCUGCACAAAAUCAAAAUUAUGCGUUUCAAGCUAAUGAUGGCAUUAUGCAGGUAGAUAUUGGCUCUGUAAGCGAAAAUUCUCAAAUUGGAAAAUAUAUUGAUAACAUCGUAGACAUUGUUAUUAAAUAUUCAAAAAAUUGUGUUGUUAAAAAUGUUCCCUUCAAACAUGAUAUAAGAGGAGAAGAUGUCAAAAUGGCUGUUCAGGAACUUAGUGUUAUGAAAGAUGGUAUAUACUAUGCAGAGAUUAACAAUGAAGAAUUCCAUGUGAUCAUGAUUUGUCAUAGGGAUAUUGCUGACCAAAUUGUUGCAAAAAUUAGGGAUAAGAUCAGUAAACUUGAAGCAGGCAGCAAGACUCAUACUAGAAUUAUUGAAAAAUCUCCAGUUUUAAGGAAAAAGAUAGAUAAAGAAUCUUUUAAAGAAUUAUUGAAACAGAGGUUUCCAUCAAUUGAUUUGAGAAUGAACUACAUAAAAACAAAUCAUAAGCUUCUAGUUACAUUUGCUGGUCCAAAGACAGAAGUUGAUGAAGCUAUAGCUAUGAUUGAGCAUUAUUAUCCUUGCAAUGAAAUUAGUUUCACGGAUGUCAAAUAUUCUUCAGAGUUUAGCAAUAUUGUGGAUGUGCUAUGUGAAUUUACCUGCUCCUUGCAAAUUGAUAAAGAUAUUUCAGUGGAUAUAAAUGCAGAAAAUAAAAAAAUCGGGAUAUGUAGUACAUCUUUGGAUACAAAUACAGAUGAAGUCACAAACAUAAUAAAGAAAUGCAUAAAACGGAAAGAAAUUAAAAAGCAAGUAGGUGAUCCAGAUUUUACCUCUGAUUUACUAGGAGAAAUAAAAGAGAAAUAUGACGGGAAACAGAAACCAUACAUUCAUCUGACUUUUGUGAAUGAAGGGUCAAUAAUGGUUUAUGGGUUGAAAGAACACCUGGACUCCUGCUUUAGCAACAUAGAAAAAAUGGUACAUGUGGAGGGUAAAGCAGGAUCCACUGUGCCAAAAUCCUCAAAAGAACAGUCACAACCAUCAAGCUCAUGUGUGAAAGAAAUUAUUAGAAUUGAGAAUCCUUUGGUAUAUGAAUGUAUUUGCAAGUCUAAACAAUUCAGUUCAGUAGCAGAGAGAAAUGAUAUCCAGGUAAAACAGCUCAACACUAAUGUUAAGGGUUUUGUAAUAGAUGGUUCAAAAGAAGCUGUUGACAGUGUUAAAAAUGAGAUCAAGGAAAUAGAGAAGAGCAUUAAAGUUCAUACAUUGGAUUGUAAAGUAGAAGCCAACCAUGUGCCAAACUUUCUAGAGCAUAUACAUAAUUUUGAUAUUGUUGUAAGGGAGGAAAACAUACAAAUUGAUUCAAUAUCCUAUGACUCCAAGAAAAUACAAUGGAUUUUUGCUCAAGGGAGUACUGUACAAAUUGCAAAAAGCUGUUCAUUACCUGGUAAAAAAGUAUUGGUGAGAUUUGAAGAAGAAUCGAUAAAUGCAAAACAAGGAGUGAAGAUCAGUGGAAGUGACAUUGUUGUAUUUUUUCCAAAGUGGAAAGAUGGUCGUGCAAAAGAGAAAAUCAAUCUUACUGAGAUGUUUAAUGAAUGUCUGCAAGCUUGUUUAGACAGGUCUUCUCAUCACAUUGAUAUAAUGGUUGGCAAGGUAUCCUGGAAAAUGCAAACAUUUGUGAAGCAGCUACUUGUGGCUGAUUUGUUGAAAGAGCUGUUGCAAAAAAGAAUGACUCCUUGUCUGAGUGUUUGUUUUUGUGGCAGUGAUGAGAAGAUAUGUGAUGAUAUUUACAAGGCCUGCUGUGGAUACUUUAAAGGAGGUUUUACUUCAAUGCCAGCAGAUGAAAGACGUGUUACUGUUACCGUUACAAAUGGUAAUCUUGCUGAAACAAAGGCUGACAUAUUGGUGAGCACAAUUGAUAGAAUGGGUGAUUUGGAUAAGGGAGCCAUAUCAAAGUCUAUUCUGAGGAAAGCAGGAAAAGAGGGACAUAAGCUUAAAGAUGAAAUCAGAAAAUUAAAAUGUCCUUUAGAUUCACUGAAAAUAUACAAAACAGAGGCAUUUCUUCAGGACUGCAAGUUUAUAUUCCAUAGUUGGUUGGGAGUUUAUAUAUCAAAAGACAAAAGUAAAAAGAACCUGCAAAGUUUUGUGCUUGAUUGCUUGAAAGAAGCUGAAAAGUGUAAUUGUAGCUCAAUAGCAUUUCCUGCACUUGGAGUGGGCAAUUUAAAUUACCCGCCUAAAGAAGUCCAAGCAGCUAUGUUUGAUGCUGUUGAAGAGUUUAACAUGUCAUGCACCUGUCAAACAAGUCUUCAAGAUGUUAAGUUUGUCCUGUAUGAACCUCAAGUAUUUCAGGAUUUCAAAGCAGAGCAAAAAUAA